GAUGAAGAAGAAGAAGAAGAAGAAGAAGAGAAGAAGAAGAAGGAUCCAGAAGCGGAUCCAGAUCUAGAUCUGGAUCCGAAAGAGAACGAAGAGGUCGCGCCUUCAGAUUCAUCAGCAUCAACCUCGAGAUCGUCAUCAACCGGCCGAAACUCGAAGCGCUGGAUCUUUCUCAAGGACCUCCUCUACAGGAGCAAGAGCGAGGGAAGAGCCAAGGAGAAGUUCUGGCACUCGAUCUCCUUCUCUCCGUCGAAAUCCAAGGUGGACUCCAAGCCCCCGUCGAUCCCGAUCUCGUCGGACUCGAAAGAGAGAGAGAAGCCGAACGAGCAACGGCGUCGGGAAACGGGCGGGGGGCGUUGCCGUCAGCGCACGAGCGGCUCGUCGAACCGCGCGCAGGCGGAGGAGAUGAGGAAACGGACGUUCCUCCCUUACCGUCAGGGCUUGCUCGGUUGCCUAGGGUUUAGUUCCAGGGGUUACGGCGCCGUCAACGGGCUCGCCAAAACCCUUAAUCCCGUUUCGUCCAGGUAAUUAAGGUUUUUUAAUUAUCCUUUAAUUAAGUUGUGUACAGUAAAUUUUUUUUGUACUUUUUUUUUGGGGGGGGGUUGGAUGUUUCCGUAAAAUAUGUAGCUUUUUUCCUUCUGUUGAAGGAAACACGUAAUGUUAUUAUUUCUGGCAUUUUUCUGUUA